UCGCUUCAGCAGGAUUCGUAAUUUCCCAAAGCGGCAGGCUUGAGCUCAGCUGAGUGAGGAUCACACAGAAACACAGCCGAACAUCACAUCAAAAGAUGAAAAUGUAGACAUAUAUCAGAAGAUGCGCAUAUCGGAGACGUAACACACCAUCAAUCGAUGACGAUGGAAGACGGACUGGUGUCCGAAGACGAUAUAUUGCUUCGUUCAGAGAAGGAGUUUCAUGAUGCUGCGAAGAGGAAUGACACUGAAAGAAUGGAGGAGCUGAUAAGAAGAGGUGUGGACGUCAAAGUCAAAAAUAAGAUGGACCGUAAGGCCCUGCACUGGGCAGCUGGAGCUGGCAGUGAACAGGCACUGCGUCUGCUGCUAGACCACGACAUGGAUGUGGAUGAUAUGGACAGCGUACGUGUCAAAUGUGUUCUGUCUGAACACUGCCAAACUGUAACAGGUUUAAAUUCAGUUACAUUUUAGGCUGAAUAUUUUAUAAAGUUCCAUGUUUAUUUACUGUAUGAGCACAAAUAUGAGACAUACUGCUCCACUUGGUAAAUCUUUAAUGGGCUGCUGUUCAUUCACCAUGUGGCCUUGUAAAUUACUGGAGGCUAUGACCUUGUUACACCAACAACAAUAACUGAAGAGACAAAGAGUGGCCCUGAAAUACAAGGCAAAACAUUUAUAGAUAAUUGAGUAGUUGGGUGAGUGAUGGGUGAGUUUUUUUUUUUUUUAAUAAAAAGACAUUUAAAUUUUAGAUUAAAUUGUAUAUACAAUGUAAAGUGAAAGUGUUUAGAUGCUGUAACUGGUCAACAUUUUUAUAAGGUCAUAAAAACUGUGUGCAGAGUAAUUAAAUUAUUUUAUAAAAUGACUCAGAGAAUUAAAAUAAUCUGAAAAAUGCUGUUUCUGAUAAAAAUAAAUUUAGAUAAUUUAUAGCAUGUCACAUCAGCUGGCCAGUUACAGUCUGUCAAAGCAUUUUAGUGUCAUUCCAUAUGCAUUUGGUGAAAAAAUUAUUUAAUUUUAUUUUUUUUUUAAUUUGUACACACAAGCAACAAAGGGUAGCCAUGAAAUGCAAGGGAUAAUUAAGAAGUUCUUAAAACAUCAAAAUUUGAGAUUAAAAUUAAUGUAAAUGUGUAAAUGAAAGUGUAUAUUUUUAGAUGCUCUAAAUGGUCAACAUUUUUGAAUCACAUUUUUGUUCUUGCAGUUUACAUAAAUAGUCUGGAGUGGAGUGACAUUCAUUUUUAAAAUACAAAUUUUCAAUGCAGUACCUCAAGUAAUAUGAGGUCAUAAUUAAUGCAUGCUGUUUUUAUUUUAUAAAAUUAUAUAGAAAAUUAAAAUAAUAUGAAAAAAUGUAGAUGAUGUAUAUUGUCAUCCCAUAUGCUUUUUGUGAAAAAAAUCAGUUUAGCUUCUUUAAUUUACAUUUAUGCAUUUGGUGGACAAUUUUGAGUGCAAUACAGUUCAUCAGUUUACUUUAACUUUACCUGAAUGGGAAUAUUAUCAAAUAAUUAAAGGUGCAGUAAGCAAUUUCUGAAAAACGCUGUUGAAAGUGGAUCAGACCGAGCAGCACAACACACUUGUAGCCAAUCAGGAGUAGGGGGCAUGUCCACUCAUGAUGGGGAUGAGAGAGAGUGAGCCAAUCAGCAGUAGGGGGCGUGUCCACUCAUGAUGGGGAGGAGAGAGUAAGCCAAUCAGCAGUAGGGGGCGUGUCCACUCAUGAUGGAGAGGAGAGAGAGUGAGCCAAUCAGCAGUAGGGGGCGUGUCCACUGAUGAUGGGGGAGGAGAGUGAGCCAAUCAGCAGUAGGGGGCGUGUCAACUCAUGAUGGGGGAGGAGAGUGAGCCAAUCAGCAGUAGGGGGCGUGUCCACUCAUGAUGGGGGAGGAGAGAGAGUGAGCCAAUCAGCAGUAGGGGUGUGUCCACUCAUGAUGGGGGAGGAGAGUGAGCCAAUCAGCAGUAGGGGGUGUGUUUACUCAUGAUGGAGGAGGAGAGAGAGUGAGCCAAUCAGCAGUAGGGGUGUGUCCACUCAUGAUGGGGAAGGAGAGUGAAGAAAGACUGUAGAAAGAGAGAUGGAUGAGAGACAUUGCAAAAGAGAAAAGCUCAGAGGAAUAUCAGUGGAAAAAGAAGGGCUAUGAGCUUCAGGACCCAUGUUAUUAUUAGAAAAGCUUUCCAGCGGCUGGAGAGACCGAAGCGGGAAGGCCUGAAAAUGGACACUGAGGUUGUGUUGUUUCUGCUCCAUACAUGAAUAACAUUUUCAGUGUGUGCUUCUGGCGCCUAACAACCAACUCUUGCUUGUACAUACUCGUGUACUGUAUGUUCAUUUUUUUUCUUACUUUGUCGUUCAUUCAUCAUCUUCGCUUUAUUUUUCACUAAGCUUUAUUUUGCUUCGCUUCUGCUAUAACAGGGAUUCCCAAAGUGUGGUACGCGCACCCCCAGGGGUACGCGAGCUGCCACCAGGGGGUGCGCGAGAGGAAAAAUGUAAUGGCGGUCUGUUUUUUUAAGUGGGAUUUUUCCAUACAAUAAAAAAACAUGAACAGUAAACAUUUCCUUUGUAAUCGCUUUUAUUUUAAAUAAAAAACUAUAAUUUAUUAGUUUUUGAUAGAAACGUAGAAGAAGACAGCUGCUCUUCUUUUAUGCACUGCAGGCUAGUCUAUAUGCGUGCCAACUCGUUUCAUUCAUUCCAUAUAUAUAUUAUAAAUAUGCUUAACUGGCUGAAAUCAGGGAAACUGUCAAGUGGGACGUCUUAUGAUAAAGUUGUUAGUCACGAAGGAGGAGAGGGACCAAGAGAGAGUGAGGAUUUGGAGGCAACAGAGACGGAGAGAACAGAGAAAGAAAAUGAGCGGGAGUCAGAAGAUGCGCCGGAGGAAACCGAAGAGGAGGGAAGGAGAUGGCAAAAAAGAGUUCGGUAUGAACGCUCUGCUUUUGGCGGCGUGGUUUGGUCACCUGUCAGUCCUAAAGAUCCUUGUCUCAAUCGGGGCGAAGCUCACCUCUGAAAACAAAAAUGGCUUGAAUCUUUUGCACUGUGCUGCUCAGAGGGGCCACAUCAGUGUUCUAGAGUAUAUCAUGGAAGAUCUGGAAAACGUGCAGCUUAAUAAAGUUGACAAGUCAGGUAAGACGGCGUUUCAUUUAGCCGCAGAGCACGGACACCUGGAGGUGGUGGAGUUUCUCAUCGGUAUGGGCUGUGCUCAUGAUCUCAAGGACAAGGAGGAGAACACUGCACUGAAUUUGGCAGCUAAGCAAGGCCACAGUGACGUCCUACAGAAGAUUAUGGAAACUGGGGAGAACAUUGAUGAAAGAAACAUUGACGGCAUGACGGCUUUACAUUUGGCAGCUGAAGGGGGUCAUUAUGAGUGUAUCAGACUGUUGCUGGAGGCUGGCUGCAAUGUCAAUGAACUUACUCAUAGCAACAGAACGGCUCUUCAUCUGGUGGCCCAGCAUGGCUCGGGCAGAGAGGUCAGACUGUUGGUACAGGCUGGGAUCAGUCUGGAUUCAGUAGACACACAACAUACGUCAGCUCUCCACCUGGCAGUACUCAACAACUCCACAGAAAUAGUGAAGGAUCUUAUCAAUGCGGGAUGCGACCUGGACAUCUUUGACAAUCGGCUUCAAACUGCUUUGCACAUUGCAGCAGAACAUGGAUGGCAGAACAUCGCUGAGAUGAUCCUGAUUUCUGGAGUCAACCUCAAUCUACUCGACAAGCAGGGGAAGACAUCACUUGACGUUGCAGCACGAGCCAACCAUGUGAAUGUUGUUGACAUGAUUAUCAAAGCUGACAGAUUUUACAAAUGGGAAAAGGAAAAUGUGACAAGUGACUCUGACUCUCUGGUGGGAACAAGUCUUACCUUUAAGCAGGACCAUCAACAGGAGACACAACAUAUCCGAUCCAUCCUAUGGAAACUUUCCAGCAAGUAUCUCAAACCAGGCGAGUGGAAAACACUGGCUCGGCACUGGAAGUUCUCUGACGCACAUAUUCGAUCCAUAGAACACCAGUGGACAGGUACAAAGAGCUACAAGGAGCACGGGCACAGAAUGCUGCUUAUCUGGCUGCACGGAGUGAUCACCGCUGGAGAAAACCCCAUCAAGGGCUUGUACGAAGGUCUGAUGGGAAUCUCAAGGAUCGAUCUGGCAGCAUGCGACAGCAGGCAAAUGCGGAUCCGUCUUCUGUUAAAAAAUGCUCUACAAUGUGAAGAGAGAGUCAUUGAGAAAAGUCUGGAUUGAGCACACACCAACCUGGAGAUUGCUUUUGAAACACUGAAGGACUUAAGAAGCACAAAUACUCCCUAAAAUACAACCUCAGUGACGUGACUGAGAAGAAAACAUGUUCACAACAAGAGCAUUUAUUCACAGAAAACCAGACUUUGGAUUGAAACGACAAAAUGUGAACGUUUUGGUCAAGCUGGAAGAAUUUUUUAUGAAUUUCAGAAGAAUUUCUGAUUCAUUCUGCAUGUCUUUCUGUCCUUUAUUUAUUUGUAAAAGCAGUUUUUCUGCUAUAAUAGUUAUUUUUAAAAAUAGAAGCAAAUCUAAUGCUAACACAGAUGCAUUACCCAGGAUACUGGGAAACAUGUUUUAUGUGUUUAAACGUGUCUAAUGUGCAGAACUGUUUGAGUCCCUCCUGACUGAUCACUGUUGAUUAUGGGAUUCUCCAGACUGAAAAGCCUGAACUUUUGUUUAUUGUGCAAACGUUGUUAUAUGAUUGUGGGACAAAAAAGAGAAGAUUGUGGUAUGAAAUUAAGAGAAUAAACCACAGCAGUAUUUUAUGCAAGUUAUGGCUUGAUUAACAAUACUGAUUUCUCAAUUUUAAUCAUUCUCAUUUUGAUAUCUAUUCACUAAGCCGUAUUUGUUGCGCGCCUCUCAUCGAAUAAAUCACAAUAAGCUUUGUCUUGUUACUUACAUACAAAUUAUGUCUAUUUUAUUAUGAAAUGUGGCGUGACAGAUUGCUGUAGCCGCCUCAGUUAAAGCGAUGAACCGAUCAUCAGAAGGUAAGAUACUGAAACGUACAUGUCUCAGGUAAUUGCUCAAUCAGUGUUUCAACAGCGGAAAGACAUCAAUAAAACAGCUUGUAAACAAUAUGUCAUUUAACGUCACAUUUACACAAAUCAGUGUAAAUUUUUCUUUUUCAGUUCAUUUUAACUUUUAAUAUUAUAGUAAUACCAACUGACAGGAUUCCCUGUAUAGUUUACAGCAUUACUUAAUGUAACAGACGUAGGCUAGUAAGAGCCUGCCAUGCCAUGCGGACCCGGGUUCGAGUCCCGCUUAGAGCGGGCAGUUUGAACAGGAGGGGUUACAUUGGUCCCGUGACCAGGAUGGGAGCGCGGUUUAGGGGGGUGAGUGUAACAGACGUAGGCUAGUAAGAGCUAUGCAUGUAAACCUCACUCCCCUGAACUCAAGAAGCGACUAAUGCUAGACUGCGGUCUUUAGCCUUCUUGUUAGAGGGCCCGACUCCCAUGCCAGUGGACCGGGGUUUGAGUCCCACUUAGAGUAGGCGCUUCGAACCGGAGGGGUUACAUUGAAAGAGAUUUUUUUUUCCUUCCUAUGUAUAUAUAUCCAACGCAAUAUCGAAUUGUCAUGAAUAGAACCUCAAACUUGCAGAUCGGAAUCAAAAUAGAAUCAAAUCAUGAAAUUUGAGGCAAUACCCAGCCCUAAUGCAGAUGUAUUUACUUAUUCAAAAAUUCUGGAUAUGUUCAGCCUGCCUAAGCAAGAUAUGUUGUAAAUGUUGGUUGUGAUGUUUAAGGAGCUUGCAAAAGUGCAAGACAUAAUCUCACUGAAACUGUUUGGUUUGUAAGUGUACUUGUUUUAAAGUAUUGGCUGAGUCACAGUAUGCAGCAUAACUAGAGUUGUUGUUCAAUAAAUUUUAAUUGCAGAUA